UCAUCAAUUUUUGUGAGUGAAUUCCAAGAAUUCAUAGAGCAAAAACAUGUGGAUAUUUGGAAGAAAAGGAGCCUCUGGUUUCUCAGCUUGUUCAACAGCUGAGGAAGUUACUCAAGGAAUUGAUGGAACAGGCCUCACUGCCAUUGUUACAGGAGCAUCAAGUGGCAUUGGCACAGAGACAACACAUGUCCUCGCCUUGCGUGGUGUGCAUGUGAUUAUGGCAGUUCGUGAUAUGGAAAAUGGCAAAAAAAUUAAAGAGAAUAUACUUAAAGCCAUUAUUCCUAAUGCUAAAAUUGAUUGUAUGGAAUUAGACCUCAGCUCAAUGGAGUCCAUAAGGAAAUUUGCCUCAGAGUAUGACUCUGCUGGUCAUCCUUUGAACCUUCUGAUUAACAAUGCAGGGGUUAUGAUUCCACCAUUUACACUUUCUCAAGACAAGAUAGAAUUGCAGUUUGCAGUUAAUCAUUUAGGUCAUUUUCUUUUGACAAAUCUUUUGUUGGAAAACAUGAAAAAUACAGCUAAGAAGAGCAAAAAAGAAGGAAGAAUAAUAAAUGUUGCAUCAGCAGCACAUGAUUUUGCAUCUGUUGAAGGAAUUUGUUUUGACAAAAUUAAUGACAAAGAGAGCUACAACAGACUGCAUGCUUAUGGACAAUCAAAGCUUGCUAAUAUACUUCAUGCAAAUGAACUUGCAAAGCGCUUAAAGGAAGAAGGGGUGGAUAUAACUGCUAAUUCUGUUCAUCCAGGGCCAAUAGCCACCAACAUUAUGCGUUAUCACAGUAUCCUUCAUGGAAUAGUUAACUGGAUUGGGAGAUAUGUGCUCAAGAAUAUUGCACAGGGAGCAGCAACUACAUGUUAUGUGGCUUUGCAUCCACAGGUGAAAGGGGUAAGUGGUGAGUAUUUUUCAGACAACAACAUAGCUACAACCACAACAACUUCUCUUGCUAAGGAUUCAGAGUUGGCAAAGAAACUGUGGGAAUUUAGCUUGAGUUUGACCAACCCCAAUUGAUUAUAUUAUAUGGUUGAUAGCCUCAUUCAUCAUUUCCUAAUCCUGUGUUAUCAUGUAUUUGUUAUUCUAUCUUUCUAUUUGAUUUGUUGGGCUAAAACAGCAGAAAGAUACUUUUAGUAUAGCAUGAUAUUAUCCAUUUUGGGCUACUCUUUUUGUCACAUAAUCUCUCUUCUGGACUUAUGAUCUAGUGGUAAGAGUGCAACACAUGAUGUUGAUGCCAUCAUGGUCAAGUGUGCGUCUGGGGUUCGAGCUCUGCCGCAGAUAAAAGCCUGGUAUUUAAGUAGAGAAGGUUAGA